UACACUCCCGCCGCCCGCCGCCCGCCGUCGCGCCGCCGUGACGUAACCCGCGCGCCACUGACCUCGGCCGGGGGGGCGUGGCCAGGGCGGGCUGGCGGGCAGGCCGGGGGCGGGGCCGGGGCCAGGGUCCAGCUCCCGGCCAACGCGGCCAUCGCUGCCUGUGCGGCUCCUAACCUUCGCCCGCUCCCCGCCCUCCCGGGCCGAGUGGGGUAGGGUGGCAUUGGCAGCCUCGCCCCGAGGGGCACCGCGGCUUCAGGGACUGGGCCGCCAGCGCAGCGCAAUGUCGGGCGCCACGACAGCUCUCUGAGUCCGAGGCCGCGGCCGUGGCCCUGGGAGGCGGCGGGUCCGGGCAGGGUCCGCUCAUGGUGCCGCCACGACGCCAUCCCGGGGCAGGAAGGCCGGGUGCGCUGAGUUCUUCACCUCCGUUUAGACUCAGAUCUGCCAAGUUUUCUGGCAUUGCUUUUGAAGAUCUCAGAAAGGCCUUUAAACUAAGACUGCAAAUGGUGUGUGUAUUUAUCAUGAAUCGAAUGAAUUCCCAGAGCAGUGGUUUCACUCAGCGCAGGCGACUGGCCCUAGGGAUUGUUAUUCUCCUACUUGUUGAUGUGAUAUGGGUCGCAUCCUCAGAACUUACUUCGUAUGUUUUUACUCAGUACAACAAACCAUUCUUCAGUACCUUUGCAAAAACAUCUAUGUUUGUUCUGUAUCUUUUGGGCUUUAUUAUUUGGAAGCCAUGGAGACAACAGUGUACAAGGGGAUUUCGAGGAAAGCACGCUGCUUUUUUUGCAGAUGCUGAAGGUUACUUUGCUGCUUGUACAACAGAUACAACUAUGAAUAGUUCUUUGAGUGAACCUCUGUAUGUUCCUGUGAAAUUUCAUGACCUUCCCAGUGAAAAACCUGAGAACACAAAUAUUGAUACUGAAAAAGCUCCCAAAAAGUCUCGUGUAAGGUUUAGUAACAUCAUGGAGAUUCGACAGCUUCCAUCAAGCCAUGCAUUGGAAGCUAAGUUGUCUCGCAUGUCAUAUCCUACUGUGAAAGAGCAAGAAUCCUUAUUCAAAACUGUGGGGAAACUUACUGCAACUCAAGUAGCAAAAAUUAGCUUUUUUUUUUGCUUUGUGUGGUUUUUGGCAAAUUUGUCAUAUCAAGAAGCACUUUCAGAUACACAAGUUGCUAUAGUUAAUAUUUUGUCCUCAACUUCUGGACUUUUUACCUUAAUCCUUGCUGCAGUGUUUCCAAGUAACAGUGGGGAUAGAUUUACUCUUUCUAAACUAUUAGCUGUAAUUUUAAGCAUUGGAGGUGUGGUGCUGGUAAACCUGUCAGGAUCUGAAAAGUCUGCUGGAAGAGAUACAAUAGGUUCCAUUUGGUCUCUUGUUGGAGCCAUGCUCUAUGCUGUCUAUAUUGUUAUGAUUAAGAGAAAAGUAGACAGAGAAGAUAAGUUGGAUAUUCCAAUGUUCUUUGGUUUUGUAGGUCUCUUUAAUCUGCUGCUCUUAUGGCCAGGUUUCUUUUUACUUCAUUAUACCGGAUUUGAGGACUUUGAGUUUCCCAAUAAAGUAGUGUUAAUGUGCAUUAUCGUUAAUGGCCUUAUUGGAACAGUUCUCUCAGAGUUCCUAUGGUUGUGGGGCUGCUUUCUUACCUCAUCAUUGAUAGGUACACUUGCACUUAGCCUUACAAUACCUCUGUCCAUAAUAGCUGAUAUGUGUAUGCAAAAGGUGCAGUUCUCUUGGUUAUUUUUUGCAGGCGCUAUCCAUGUAUUUUUUUCAUUUUUCAUUGUAACUCUCUUGUGCCAUUAUAAUAAUUGGGAUCCUGUGAUGGUGGGAAUCAGAAGAAUUUUUGUCUUUAUAUGCAGAAAACAUCGAAUUCAGAGGGUUCCAGAAGACAGCGAACAGUGUGAGAGUCUCAUUCCUAUGCACAGUGUUUCUCAGGAGGAUGGAGCUAGUUAGCUGUUGUCUUUAGUCCAGCUUGAUGAUGGAGCAAUGUACAGCGAAGAGACAAUCUCUGGCAAGUUUUUGUAGAAAAAUGUUUCAGUGCCUAGUCUGAAAAAUAACAGUUUCAGUUCUUUGGAACUCUAAAAUAUAUUUUCCUCAUAUCUGUUUUCUUCAUUUUCAUAAUGAAGUACUUUGCUAUGUAGCUGUGUACAUAUCACUACAGUUAUAGGAAGUUUCAGUCUACAGUCCGUCUAAAGGACCAACCUGCCUUACACAUCUCAAGGAAUUCAGCUGGUGAAAUAAUUUGAACUAAUCAAGGGAUAAAAUUUUAAUGUUCUGGGGACUUUAUUUUCACAUAUUACUUGUUAAAUGCUGGACUAUACUAUGAAAAGGUUUUCAAGAGAUUAUUUAAGUAUGUAAUAGAUCAGUGUUUCUUACAGGUAAAAUGCUAAAAUAAGCUGCCUACAAUAGGUACGGAUUAUAUUUUUGAGUUUUGUAGAAUACUGCAAAUUAACACAGAAAAUGUUUAAUUUAUGCAACACAUGUUCACACAAAUUUGGUGGAACAUUAGAAAGAAUCACUAUUUGAAAAAAGAUCUGGUUCACUUAUACUACAUAUUAUCCUUUCCUAGCAUUAGGUGCCUUGUACUUUAAAUCUGUGACAAAACAUGACAAAUUUUUAAAGGGGAAGUAUUAUUGUAAAAAUGAAGAAUUAUGUAUUUCUAAAGGUUGUAUUGCUGUAAAUUUAAUUGAUAAAGCUCUGCUUAGAGUUUUGAAGAAAUAUUCUCUCUUCAAUUAAACAUUUUCAUAAUGGAAUGAUGUAAAUUGAAGUGAUAAAGAGUAUUAAAAUAAAAUGUUUAUAUAUA